AUGGCUGCCACUUCCACUCGUACUUGUGGGUCUCUCAAGGGCCCUUGCAGAGUUCCUCCUAACUGCCGGUCAAACAGUGUUGCCUCUGCUAGCUGCCGACCUGGACACUGUCUUCCUCCUCGCCGAUCUAGUGUUUGCAUGCCUACUCCAGGUCGUACAAUUCCAUCGCAUCCCAGCAGCUGCCGAAGUGGGGGAUACAUGCCAUCGACUUGCUUGCCCCCUCCCAGCAUGGGCUCUACUUGUGUUCCACCCCCCUGCAUCCCACCUCCUGCCCGCCCUCUGAGCUGCUACCCUGGUAGCCACGUUGAAGGGAUCCUCAACUGCAAUGAAAAGGAAACCAUGGAGUUCUUGAAUAGCCGGCUGGGCAACUAUCUGGAACGAGUGCACUGUCUGGAACAUGAGAAUGCUGACCUGGAAAGCAAGAUCCGAGAAUGGUACGAAUGUGAGAAUGCUUACGUGUGCACGGACUUCAAGCCAUUUUACUGCACCAUUGAUGAGCUCCAGCAGCAGAUUUGUUGCACUAAGGCUGACAAUGCAAGACUGUGCCUGGAUAUUGACAAUCUCAAAAUGGCUUCAGAUGAUUAUUGCACCAAGUAUGAUUAUGAACUGGGUCUCCGCCAGCGAGAUGAAGCUGACAUCAAUGGCCUUCGCAGAGUUCUGGAUGACCUCACCCUGUGCAGGGCUGAUCUGGAAGCUCAACUUGAGUCCCUGACAGAGGAGAUGAUGUGCCUGAAGAAAAACCAUGAGGAGGAGUCCUGUGCCCUUCGCUCUCAGCUUGGGGACCGCAUCAAUGUGGAGGUAGAUGCUGCCCCAUCUUGCAAUCUCAACAAAGUCCUGGAUGAAAUGCGAUGUCAGUAUGAGGCUGAUCUUGAAAAGAAUCGUCGGGAAGUUGAGGAAUGGUACUGUACACAGAUGGAAGAGCUAAACAAGGAGGUGAUUUCUAGUGGAGAACAGCUACAAUGCUGCCAGACAGAGAUCAUUGAGACACGGCGUUGUGUUCAGGCUCUGGAGAUUGAUCUGCAAGCUCAGCAGAGCAUGAAAAGUGCUCUGGAAGACACUUUACAAGAAACAGAAUCCCGCUACUGCACUCAGCUCUCACAGCUGCAAUGCCUGAUCAGCAACGUGGAGGCCCAGCUUGCUGAAAUCCGCUGUGACAUUGAGCGCCAAAACUGCGAGUACAAGACCCUCCUGGAUGAAAAGGCCCGCCUGGACUGUGAGAUUGCCACUUACCGCAACAUGCUAGAAGGGGAAGACUGCAAGCUGCCGAAUCGUCCCUGCGAUCCUGAGUGCACGACUGCGAUCCGUUCCUCUGUCUGCCGGCCAGUGUGCGUGCCAGAGCCAGUCUGUGCACCGGUUUGUCCACCCACCUGCAAACCAUGCGGGCCAGUAAUUGAACCGAAUCUGGCUCCAUCGUGUGUCAAUUCCUGUGGGCCAGUCUGUGCCCCAUGUGGCCCUUCACACUGUGUACCCCCUCCCUGUGGCCCAUGUGGACCAGUCUGCCCACCUCCACCACCACCCUGUGGUCCAUGCCCCCCUGGCCCACGUAUCAGCACUAAGAUCCGUCGCAUGUGA